AGCAGAACAUUCCCAUUUUGUUCACAGACUCUGAUUAGGUAGCUUAAGUAGCCUGAUGGCAGCAGAUGACAGCUCUGGUGCUCCUGGGUCGCUGCUUCUGUAGUCCCUUUUGCAGUCUCUUUCUGAUGGGACUCGGAUCCUAGUUUCGAGAAUCUGUGGCUCUCUUCCUUUGGUCAGAAGUCAGAGCCUGGUGACUUUAGGAGCUGUGGGUGCUACUCGAGGAGAGAUAGAAAAAGUAAGCACCCGGGCCCCCCGGGUCCCCGGAGUCCCUGGGAGCCUGGCCCAGCCGCCCGGGAGCCCGCGCCGCGCCCCCGCCCCUGCCCAUCCCCGGCUGCGCUGUCAGUCUCCAUUAGCGCUAACAGGCUCCAGACCGAGCGGGCUGGGAGCUGGGUUAAUGCAAUCGGCGCGUUACCUGGGGCACAGGCUACAUUACCAGCCCGGCUCCCACCCGGUGCGGCCAGAAGAGCCAGCCCGCGUCCGUCCGGUCGGCCAGCUGCCCAGCGCCUCCGACGCUCCUCCAACAGUGCCCCAGUGCCACGCGGCUGAGCCCAGCCCGGUCACAUCCCACCGCCAGCGUCCUGCACCCGGAUCCCCCAGCUGCAGGACACAGCUUCGACGUGACCCCGCAGUACACAUGAAGUCCCUUUCGCCGGCCGCACCCAUUCUUCUGGCGCGGAUGAACCCGCAGGUGCAACCCGAGAACAGCGGGGCGGACCCGGACUCCUCGCAACCCUCUCGGGGAUGCAAAACUGCGGAGCUGCUGGUAGUGAAGGAGCACAACGGCGUCCAGUGCCUCCUAGCUCCCCGGGACCUGGACGCGCAGCCUCGAGAGACCUGGGGCAAGAAGAUCGACUUCCUGCUGUCGGUGGUCGGCUUCGCGGUGGACCUGGCCAACGUGUGGCGCUUCCCCUACCUCUGUUACAAGAACGGUGGCGGUGCCUUCCUGAUCCCAUACACCCUGUUUCUCAUCAUUGCUGGGAUGCCUCUGUUCUACAUGGAGUUGGCUCUGGGGCAGUACAACCGCGAGGGGGCAGCCACAGUGUGGAAGAUCUGCCCUUUCUUCAAAGGAGUUGGCUAUGCUGUGAUCCUCAUGGCCCUCUACGUUGGCUUCUACUACAAUGCCAUCAUCGCCUGGUCAUUCUACUACCUCUUUGCCUCCUUCACUUUGAACCUGCCUUGGACAGACUGUGGCCACGCCUGGAAUAGCCCCAACUGUACUGACCCCAAGCUCUUCAACAGCUCCGUACUGGGCAACCACACCAAGUACUCCAAGUACAAGUUCACACCGGCAGCAGAGUUUUAUGAGCGUGGCGUUCUGCAUCUGCAUGAGAGCAGCGGGAUUCAUGACAUUGGCCUGCCCCAGUGGCAGCUGCUACUCUGUCUGAUGGUCGUCGUCAUCAUCCUGUAUUUCAGCCUCUGGAAAGGAGUGAAGACAUCCGGGAAGGUGGUAUGGAUCACGGCCACGCUGCCUUACUUUGUGCUGUUUGUGCUCCUGGUCCACGGCAUCACACUGCCUGGUGCCUCCAAUGGCAUCAGCGCCUACCUGCACAUCGACUUUUACCGUCUGAAGGAGGCCACGGUGUGGAUUGAUGCUGCAACUCAGAUAUUUUUUUCCUUGGGGGCUGGAUUUGGAGUCUUGGUUGCAUUUGCCAGUUACAACAAAUUUGACAACAACUGUUAUAGGGAUGCCCUGCUGACCAGCACCAUCAACUGUGUCACCAGCUUUGUCUCCGGGUUUGCCAUCUUCUCCAUCCUUGGUUACAUGGCCCAUGAACACAAGGUCAACAUUGAGGAUGUCGCCACUGAAGGAGCUGGGCUCGUUUUUAUCCUGUAUCCAGAGGCCAUUUCUACCCUGUCAGGAUCUACAUUCUGGGCCAUUCUGUUUUUCAUCAUGCUCCUGACUCUGGGCCUUGACAGCUCAAUGGGAGGCAUGGAGGCAGUCAUCACAGGCCUGGCUGAUGACUUCCAAGUCUUGAAGAGACACCGGAAACUCUUCACAUUGGGCGUCACCCUGAGCACCUUUCUUCUGGCUUUGUUUUGCAUCACCAAGGGUGGAAUUUACGUCCUGACUCUCCUGGACACCUUUGCGGCAGGCACCUCCAUCCUGUUUGCAGUACUUAUAGAAGCCAUCGGAGUUUCCUGGUUUUAUGGUGUGGACAGGUUCAGCAAUGACAUCCAGCAGAUGAUGGGGUUUAAGCCGGGACUCUACUGGAGAUUGUGCUGGAAGUUCUUUAGCCCAGCCUUCCUCCUGUUCGUGGUGGUGGUCAGCAUCAUCAACUUCAAACCCCUCACCUAUGAUGACUACGUCUUCCCCACUUGGGCCAACUGGCUCGGGUGGGCCAUUUCCCUCUCGUCCAUGGCCCUGGUUCCUGCCUACAUCAUCUACAAGUGCCUCAGCAUGCGGGGCACCCUUCGGGAGAGACUGGCUUAUGGCAUCACACCAGAGAAUGAGCACCACCUGGUGGCCCAGAGAGAAAUCAGGCAAUUCCAGCUGCAGCAUUGGCUGGCCAUCUGAACCUGACCCCGAGGAGGAGGAACCCACUGUGCCCAGGUCCUGGUCAAAGGCCUCUGCUUCACUCCCACCCUGGACACUGUCUUGGAAUUCUUCUCCCAGAAGAUGCCCUUUCCGACCCUCUCUUCUUUUCUUGGUUACAAAUGACUUAGUGACUAUGGUUUUUGUUCACCUCUGUUCAUCUGGCUUAGGGCCUGUGAUUGUGAAGGAUUGGUGAGCCUCAAGGGAGAGGAGAAAAGGAGGAAGCAGUAAAAAUCCCUUGUGGAAACCCCAAUUUGGAGGAGUAGCUCCCAUCACUUUGGGAGCCCACCCAAGCUGAAAUCCAUGGCUCAGGCAGAAUCCUUUACCACGUUUACUUGUACUUUGGGCCACAGAAGAAAAUCGCAUUUCAGCCAAUCUGAGAAAGGAUGGGUUUUAGAUCAGACACCAAAAUGUCAGCAAAAAGUCCAGCUCAAUUUGGUGUAUGGAUGGGGAAUUCGUAUGUUCCUCAUCUCUUGCCCACCCUAAGUAGCAUGCUGGUGUCUGAACUUCAUUUUGGGAAUUUCAGUUUAUUUGCCCCUAAAAUGAAAUCAGCAGAUUGAUGUUUUGGGAACUUUGAGCAGAAAUCUUCAUAGUUAGUUUUCAGCCUGGAUAUCUGAAUUUGAUUUGUGUAUGAUCCGGAAGGUUCCUUUGGCUUCUGUUGUUCAGAUGGUCCACAGCUAUGGGUGCCAGAGAAAGAAUGCAGAUGAGUCAGAGUGAGCAGGCUCCCCAGAGUAUCUGUACUAGGUAGACGCCACUAGGCCAACCAUGUGUACCGAAGGCAUAUCCUGCUCUUGUCCUGUGAGGAACAUGGGAUCCUCAAAACUCACUGGUGGUUCCUGAGAUCUUCUUGGGGAAAUGGGACAGGGACUUGGGGAAGCCAAGGUUGGUACACCAUAGGCCUCUCUGCUGUCCUUUUGGGUGACAAACUGUCCUGGCUAUUUACUCUUCAUGGACACCACGAAAGCCUUCCCUGGGGAUCUCAGCACAGACCAAGCGUUCUGAGGGAUGAGGAGUUGACCCUGAAAACUUCUGUCUCUUGUCAAGGUCUAGCUAGACACCUUGGCACCUUGGGUUGGGGGUGGGACUAAGACCCCACAACCCAAUCACUCAAAUUGAGAGAAUAUUCUGAGUGAGAGAACAGGUUGGUGGGUUUAGGACAGUCCUAGCUUUACUUCUGAAAAAACUCUUAAGUGAUGGUGGUUAGUUUCAGUUCAGUGAGAAAUGAUUGGUGGUUUGGAAAAUCGGUGGCGUUUAGUUGGGAUUUCUGUUUAUGGUUUGAGUCUCAUGAACUCAUUGGGAAUCUAGAGUUGUGCAUUCUCAUUUAAACUGUGGGAGCUCCUGUUGCACAUGAGCCCACUUCACUUACCCUGGGAGUGUGGGGUGCACACUUAGAGUGGGCUGUGGCUAAAGCUAGGACAUCUGUGAGCCCCUGGGAUGCUGCAAGGUGAGGGCUGGGUGGAGCUGUCUGGAGACAAUGAUGGCAUAUCUCCGAACAUCCUGGGGGUUUUCUGCUCAAUCAAGACAUUUAGGUCACUCUUUAGAGAAUAAAGAGCGGAAAUGAGCAGUGUUUUGAUCUUUUAUUAAAAGAAGGCCAGCUUACGGCCUGAGAUAGCCUAAGUGGCACACAUUUUGGGCCCUUGCAAAAAACGAGGCCAGUUUCACACAGAUGGAAUGAAUCAGGUGCUGGUCUGGAUCCCUUGACUCUUUCCAUGAGUGAUAAUUUUUUCCUAAAUAUAUUUUUUUUUAACAAAGUACGCUUCCCAUGCUGCCUCCCAGCUGCCUCAUGUGUACAACAGGGCUGGCUCCUAUUUUCCCACUUCCCUGGUGAGAAAACUAAGACCUGGCAUUUAAGUUCGUGUUGUUCAAGGAACUAAGCUGGUACUCCAUGAACAAUCUCAGAUCUCAGCUAAUAAAACUUGGGAAUACUCUCAUCACAUGGUCCAUCCUACCUAGGACUGUCAUGAGACACAGAACACACAGAAAUCUACUCAAAGGCAGAGGAGCACUUCCUAGCCAAAGAACAGUGUGUUGGAACAGAGGGCAGAGGGAAAAGAAAGGCAUUCAUUCUUACCUAGCUCGUUACCAGGCAGGAAAUUGCUUAGCUGCUACACAGUCUUUUACUGAAAAUAACCACUCUUUGAACAGUAGGAUCUAAGAAGCUAAAUCCACUUGGCUGACCUGAGCACCCACUCAGAAAGACCCAUGUGCAUUAGAUCACAGCCAGCCUGCUAUUUUUUCUUAGUCACCUGCACUGUGGUCCUUCUGCCUGCAGACAUUGUCCUCGGGGUAAUUGGAGGAGUGGUGCUAGCUGAAUGAAUAUCAAACCAAUGCCAUGGUGCUGCCUUGUGGUGAAGUUGGCUCCUGAGUCUGGGGUAGAUGGAGGGUUCCUGGUUCCAAUCCUAGGCUCCCUGAGAGGGUAAGGGGUACCAAGAAAGGCCUUGAAGAUUCUCACAGAGGUGCUGGGAGACCAACUGGGUUCACUUUUCCACUUACAUUUAAGAGAGAAAGAUUAUGUGCUUCAUCCAAAGUAAUGCUUGACUUCUUUUGUGUAACCUUUUUUUAAUAGGAGAAGCUACCCAGGACCAGGGUGCUCCUGUGUACUGUAUAUGACACUUGACACUUUUGAUAUUUUACUAGGUUUUUAAAGAAUUAUUAUUUUCCAUGAAAUAUAAAAGAUCUGUUUAAGACCAUCAUGUUGACCUCCUGCUCCUCACUAUCUAGUUAUUUAGUAUUUAAGUGUGAGUCUUUAUUCUAGAUGCAAAUUAGACAAAGAAAGAGAGGAGCUGCCAGCUCUUGCCAAAUACCUUGCUGAACAAAAUUCCCUAAACUGCCUUAAUUCUGAGAGAAGAAAGAGAGGUUCUUGCUCAGGUGGGAGCCUGUCUCUUGCCAUGUGAUCUCCUUUCCAUCUUUGAGUGUGAAAACUGAAGCCUUCUUACCAAAGAAUUCACCACUUAGUAAAGAAUUCCACUGCACUCAUUUUAUAUGUUUUUUAGUUUUCUUUGAAAGGCACAAUGGAAAAUAACACAGGGUGUACAGUGCGGUGAAAAAGCAGAGCACUGAGAGUUGCACAGACCUGGGUCUGCAGCUGCCUAGUUGGAUGGCUUGGGAAGAAGAGUUUCAUGUCUUUUGGGUUCAAGGGUGUUUGUCUGCACAAUCAGGGAUUGUAUUAGAUAAUGAAAGAUCCCAUCCAAUUAAAACAAACGAGCCAGAAAACCUUUAUGUCUUCAUGAGCGUAUUCUUGAGCUAAAUUUACAAUGAAGAAAAUACAUCACUUGCUGUGGGAUUUUCCAAAAUGACCCUCAACCAUGAGCAGACUGCUUAGAAAUAUCAGAUUUCUGGCCUCUAGAACUUUGUUUUUCAGAUAUGCAGUAGUUCCACUUUCUCAGAUACUUCUCCAGCAGAAGCCAAAAUACUUGGUAUUUGAAUGAAAAGGGUAUCGCCAGCCCUUCUCUUUGAAGAGCCUGAGGGUGAUAUCCCAUCCUGCCCGGAGACAGCAUGACUGCACCGGUGACUGAAGACACUGUGGGGUGCCUGCCCGUGUCUCCCUGUCUCUCAGCUUUUGUGAAAAUGCAGACUAUUUCAAUGGUGUCCUCUCCAUGUCAUGGAUGUUCUAGUGUCCCGCAAAUCUCUACUGUCUGAUUUGGAUUUAUUUUAAAAGUUGUUCUCUUCAUGGAAAAAUAAGUGUGAAGAAUAAUAAACGAUAUUUCCUGUGGCA